AUGCAGGCCGAGGUGCCGACUUCCGAUACCGAAGAGCAGGAGUAUAUCGACGCGGAGACUGCCGAGUACUGGACUUCGGAUGUAGAGGAACAGCAGCGAUAUCUCGAUGCCCUCAAUGCCGAUAAUUGGUUGCGCGCCAUCGACCGCGUGGGCCGUAGGACCUCGCAGCUGCGAACCGCGCACGCGCGAGCCAGUCCACCGCCCGCAUCGCAGCGUGCAACCAGUACAGAGUCAGAUAUCAUCUCGCAGAGACAAUCCACUCCACCUCUGCAAUUUCCAUCUUCGCCACUCAACACGCAUCCGCCAACGACGCCCUCCAGCAAUGCCGACCCGUUUGCUCUGCCCUUGAGCGCCGCGCCUUCCUAUGCCUCGCCGCACCCACAAUCUCACUCGUCUCAACUCUGGUCCCGCCACUCUUCGCUUUCACCUCUGUCGCAUCGAUCCCAUAGUCUGGCACCACAACGUCAGAUUUCUCUUGAAAUACCUACUUCCUCGCCUGCGCUAUCUCCUCGUUUGCCUACGCCAUCUCUGGCUUAUCCAUUCUCUCCGCCAGCACGACGGAUAACGCCACCACUACCGGAGACAUCGCCAUCACCCCUCCCAGAGACACCCCCUCCGCCUCCACCGCCGCCUCCACCGCCUCCACCAGACGAACCAACGGGUCGCUACGGCUUCCGCCAGCGCAAAGCGAACCAGCUCAAACCAUAUGAGCAUGAGCGCAGGGUCUACAAGCAGAUGUUUCGCCACAACCCCGACGCUAUCGUGCACCGAGCCGAACUUCGAGAGAAGACGCCAGGGGAGAGUCAAGAAGCCGGGCAGGGAGAGUCACAGCAGGACGGAGAUGCGGACGAGGACGAGGACAUGCAGGACGUGUAUUUGAGCCCUCGCAAACGACGGAGAAGUGUUAGCGAUGACGUACCUGGCGAUGAUGUUGACCGUCCGCGACAUCGACAUCGCGCGGGUGGCAGUUCUUCUGUCAAGCGGACGAAGUCAUUUCGGAAACAUCCCCAGAAGUUUCCUAUGCGGCCUCCUGAGCACACGGAUGGUCCUAGUCGUCCUCCACCGACGAGUUCGUCACCUCCGCUUUCUCCGGCUGGCAAUCGCGUCCAAAAAUGGCAGCCCGCUGCAUAUGUCGACUCGGAUGACGACGAAGAUUAUGGCCCACUACCGCUCGAGGGUCCGGUGCGUCACGAGUCGCCUAUCCUACUCUCCCCUCCACGCUUUGAUUCUCCUGUGCAGGCCCCGCUGGAUAACGGUGCAAACGAAGAAGCCGAGGAGGAAGCUGAAGACAACGAUGAGGAUGACGCCGCUUUUGAUUUCGACGACCGGUCCGACGAUGUCAUCUCUCUGACUGAUCGUUCAAGUCUGCCACCGCAGAGCGAUCGAUCGUUCUCCGAAGAGGCGACAGAAGUGUCUGCUCCCCGCCGUCGCAAGGAGCCAGACCAGGAUCGCUCUCGUGCACUCUCUAGACUUCGGCAGGAUCGCGUUCGCGCUCAGUCUCGAGCAAAGCCCGUGAAGCUCGCGCCUAUCUUUACUCAUCCUGGGAACCAACCUUUGGGCCAGAAGGGCCUGAAGAUCAAGUUGAAGCCCGGCCCUGGAAAGAGUCGCACAAAGCCUGUGCCGCAGGACAAGCGUAUCAAGAGGGUAAUGAAGACAUCUACAUCUCGUCGGCAGGCGCAGGUCCGCACGACGCAUGCUGAUAGACAAGAGCACCGUGCUGCUCGACGUGCGGGCAACGGUCAUGGACCCGCUCCAGUCCAGGUCGAAGUCUUUGCGCCUCCGGCGCGCAUUGCGCGAGAAAAGAGGCCAUACGCGACAGUUGACCUCGAAGACGACGGCAUACGGCGCGCACUCGCUCCGCUACAGCUGAAUAUGGUCAAUCGUACGGCCGCUCAAGCGCCUGCUGUCACGAAGCCUCAGUCUCGAGCUAUGGCACGCACGUCAUCGACCCGUUCGUUUGGGCGUACGUCGUCGGUCCGCACCUUCUCGCGCACGUCCUCUGUCGCGACCUCGAUCAACUUGGACUUCGGUCAGCACGGCCCACACGCCCCUCCUGCGCCACAUCACGCCGACAACGUGCGCGCCGUUGCUGCCAAUGCUCCCGUCCUCCGCGCAGAAGAGAUAAAGGCACCGCGGGUGGCCUUCAAGCUCAAGGACACUUUCCUAGGAGACGGCUGGUUGCGCGAGUUGAUGGAUACGCUUGACGGCGUUGUUCGAAAACCGCACAGGCCCGAGGUGCUCAGUCGGCGACUGUCGCCGUCCUCGAGUGCACAGCAUGUUCGGGAGGCUGUGCAACUGCUCUGUACGGCCCGCGACCUUCCCUGCGAACAGCUUGAGUUCGCUGCGCACAGUGCGGCCACGCAUAUCUCGUGGGCUUGCAACCCAGCCCGUACAGACGCGGUGUCUGAGGAGGACGUUAGACGCUUGUGGGACGCUGUCUGCGAGCACGGCGAGAACAUGGUGACACGCGUCGUGGAUAGCUCGGAGUUUGGCUCUGCCCUUCGCAUGCGUGAGGUUCUGUCGGCGCAUUGGAUCUCUCUGGAGCUCGUGCUGGCGUUCAAGCCGUCGCGUCAACUGAAGGAGAUCCGCGAUGCUGCCGUCUCGGAGCGGAUGGGCGCUCUCGUCACACGACUCGUCGCUGCAGGGAUCGAUGCUCCUCUUCGAUUGCUCGCAGCAGAGCAAGAAACCGAGGCUCAUGAUCCGCUUCCGACAUUGACUUUGUCCCUUUGGAUACGCGUUAUACACGUCUGCUCCAGAUACUCGCUCCCGCUAUCUGGGCUCGUCGGGGAUGCCGUUGCGCAGACCGUAGGGACUAACCCUGGCCUCAAACGUAGCGAGCUUGUAUGGACACUGGCUUACGGUCUCGGGGUUCUAUCUCGCUUCAACGGCAGCGGCGUCUACACUACCACCUCUAUCUGCGAUUCGUUAUGGCCACUCGUGACGCUUGCUCUUCAGUCAGUCCGUCUCGAAUGGAACUCCGAAGUCGACGACCAACUCGGCGAGGACGUGCUUCUCAAACGGGACGACUACCUUCGACUCAUCGUACGCCGGUGCUGGGUACUCUAUGACCGUCAUAAUUGGGUUCUGGAUCUUGACGGGUUGCGCGUCGUCGAGCAGCUCGCUGCAAUCUUCCGUAGCCGCAAGUUCGCCAACCUUUUGCACGAGUCGUGCGCACUCCCAGCCUUCGUUCUGCACCACGAGCCCGAGGCGCUAUUUCGGUCUGACGAAGAUGAGACGGCGUUCAUCACUUGGCUGAAGCUCUUCGCUGUUGUCAUUUGCGAUAGCACGCCGGAGAUGGCGAACGCCGUUCGCAAGUUCAGGCUCGGGGUAACGCCCGUGGGCAAAGCUUCAAUCGACGACCCGACUGCGCCGACACAUAAGGAGAUGUCUAUGUUCUGCAAUCGUCUGUCUUUCGGCGCCGCCUUCCUCGCGAUGCACAUUAGACGUCCCAAUGACGCACCCCGUCGCUCCCUCGACAGUGCUACCAGCUUCCUCAAUAUCAACAUCGGCGCCUGCGCGGAAUCCUUGCGUUCGGUGGCCAUCGACGCGAUUGCAUGUAUGGGCUCUUUUCAACAGCGGCUCAGUGGCUCUUGGACCGAACUCGCUAAAUGGGGUCAAUUGACCAUACGUGCGCUACGGCAAGAGUGGAUCAACUCACCCGGGUUAUCGGAACGUCUUCUCUCACGACUCCUGUUCAACGUCGAAAAAUUGCUCGAGUCUGAGCGCGAGGGAGAUUGCGCGUUUUUGGCCGUCAUGGAGAUUGACGACUCGCCGAGUCGCGAAUCGUUGGGUCUCUGUAUUACCGAGGCACUCAGCCUGCCUAUCGAUGUCCUUUGUGCUCCAAGUGUUGGACCUAUCACUCGACGGAUCAUCGGAUUAUGCAUCGCGUAUGUCGCCCGUCAUCUCUCGGUCCGGCCCAAGGAGCAGAAGGAAGAGAGUCAGGAUGAAUUCGUGGGGCUCUUCGAGGGCAUGACCGACGCGGAGCUUGCCCAAGUAGAUGGCUUACAGGAAGACCCGAUCAAGAAAAUGGCUCGGGGGGUGGCCCAGAUGAUCGGUAACGACAUUGUCCCCACAUUACAUCGGAUAAUAUGUGGAUUUUCUCUAGAGUCGGGCAAAACACCAACUUCUGAGCAAUCUGCUUGGCUUACAAUGUGGCUGGAGUCUGUGGCAGCCGAUGUCAAGUUUCGUAGUCGGGAUUGGAGCAUCUAUAUGGGCAUCACUUCUAGGUCACCUUCACGUAUAUCAGAUGGAGUUUGGAGGGCACAUGUGGAGAUGCAACUCUUCGCAUAUGCUACUAUCUAA